GUUUGCCAUUGUCUGGGUGGCUUUUGGGAUACGCGGGGUGGUCUGUGUUUUGCACCGGUGGGACUGACACCGCUAGACGUGCCAAACAGAAAGGAGAGGUAAAGGAAUUUCUCACAGCUGGGAUGAUACGUGACGGACUUACACAGCUGGGAUGAUACGUGACGGACUUACACAGCUGCGAUGAUGUACGGAAUUACAAAGCUGGGAUAAUGUAAGGAAAUAUAUAGCUGGGAUGGUGUACGGAAAUACACAGCGUGUAUAAUGUACUGAAUUACACAGCUGAGAUCAUGUACAUAAUGCCAUUAGAGACAGUGUAAGUGUGAGGACUUACAAAAUAGAGACCGUGUUAAAAUUACACAGCAAACUGAAAAGAACUUUACCCAAAGUAUACCAAGGUGAGUGAAUGUUUGUUAGUUUGUGUAUUUGAAUCAGAUUAGUGAUCAAAACUCAGAGUAUCACUUGCUUUGAUUUAACUAAAGAAUUAUUUUGUAAUGGACUUGGGAAAAUAAAAAGAUUAACAUUUUCCAUUUAUGUAUUUAUUUUUUUGUAAUCUUAUCUCGUCUUUCGACAAUAAGCAAUCUUUAUUAUCUUAAAUCAUAAAUAUUUUUAUCUUGUAUCAUAAAUCUUUUUUUUCCAUAUCCUGCACAUUUACUAAUCGUUAUUAAUUCACAUGUUCCGAUAUAAUAAUUUUUUUAACAUCCUGAUUGUAGGAUGCAUCUUUAGCUUAAGCCGGUGGUUCUCAACCUUUUGGGGUCAAACGACCCUUAUACAAGGGUCGCCUAAGACCAUCGGAAGACAUAUAUUUAUGAAGUGGCAACGAAAAUAAUUUUAUGUUUUGGCGGUCACCACAACAAGAGGUGCUGCAUUUUAGGGUCGCGGCCAUAUUAAGGUUGAGAACCACUGGCUUAAGCGCUUAUUCUCCGAACAAUACCGUACCGUGCUUUGAAUAUUUAGGGAGAAAAUCUUCCCUUUGCAGCCAUCCACAUUGUACUCAAGCAAAAAACUUACAUUGUUGACACCCCCGUUUCAUGCAUAACAUUUUUGGGAAUCAUGUAAAAUAAGUUAUCCCGCAAUGAAACAAAAAUUUUUUUAAUUAAUUAUUUAAUAAAUAAACAAAAAAAAAUCGAUCUAUUUAGUACAGCUAUGACGUCAGCGUCAAAAAAAAAACAAAAAACAAAAAAAAAAAAAACAAAGGGAAAAAAAAAAAAAGGAAAAAAAAAAAAAAAAAAAAAAAAAAAAAAACAAAGAGAAAAAAAACAAAGAGGAAAAAAAAACAUAUAUGAGUUUUCACAGCUGUUUGGCGAGACUUGUGGUAUACUCAGAAUAUGUCCCGCUGCGCCCUGUGGGUUCCGCGUUGCCCUGGGAAUCAUCUUUAGAUUGGACCUGAUUAGAGAAUGAAACAAUAAAAUCCCAUGAACUAAACAAAAACAAUGUGGUUUUUAACUGGUCCACGUCAGUUGGUUUUUUAAACAUAUACUUUGAGGGUCAGCAAUAUCAGGGUUCACACCUGGAGUCGGGCCAUACGCAUGCGUACGAAAAUCGACCCCCACCCCUCAGGGCGAAUAGUACGUACCAUAUGGAUGGCCCUGAAACAUAUUACAGUAAACGAAUGGGGGGGGGGUAAUAUUUUGUUAACUGCGUUUGGGUAAUAUAUAACUUACAAUUGAUGUAAAAAUACGUUCCAGUUGCUUGGAUACUAUUACCAGAUAUAUAUUUGGUUAGAGCAAGUUAGAGGUACUAGGGUAAGAUAACGUUAAGGGUUGUAGGGUACAAAGACGUUAAUUAUAUUGGGGUAAUGUUACGUUAAAACACGCCAAAUGCAUAAUAAGAGUUUUCAAUCAUAUUUUUUUUUUCAAUCACAAUCUUCACAGGAUGAACUCAAGAAGGCCAAGACGCAGGGGUGGGCGAGGGAGAAGCAGUCGUGCCCCAAGCCAGCAGAGAGGUGGGUCGGUGAGUUACACCAAGCUGAAGGAAUGGGCGGCGCUCGGAGACAACCCCGGCGAGCUGUUUGUUCGAAUCAUGCAUAACCUGGACCAGCUGGCCGCCUUCUUGGACUCGGACGUCAUCAACUCGGACAAGAUGGAGCUGCUGGCCGCCGUACUCCAGACCACGCUGACGUUCAAAAACCAGACGCACGGCUUCAAGAAUUUCCUGGAGGUCAUCGCAUCCUCAAAGUUCUUCCCGUUUCAUCUUGUCGGUUAUAUGACGAGGAUGCGGAGAGGCGACCGAACUGUCGGCGUCAUGGUGAAGGCUGCGAUGCGGCUGGUGAUUGAGAUUGCUCGUUGCUUGCCAUCAGAGAUUGAGAGCUGUAGAGAUUUCGUCGAUUAUGUCUACGAGAACGAUACAGGAUUCGAUUACGAUGGGGACACACCUACGACUACGAUGAUCGAUUCUUUUGACCGGGCUUUGGAACUGAAUAUUGAAACAGACGAAGGAAAACUAGCUAAGUGUGUAGGUCAGGACGAGCCCCCGGAAGAUUUCAGAGAGAUGACGGUUUUACCGUCGGAGCGAGAUGUCAACGGUUGUGUGACGUCAGAGCAUGACGUCAACGACGGUGCGAAGCCGUUUUUCAGAGCCAACAAAGUCGUGGGUUCUUUCCAAGAUAAGAGAGAGUACUUUGACGUCAUGUUUCGAUUACUUAGGGAGGACUUUAUGCGGCCCCUGCGCGAAACUGUUUCCCAGUGCAGGCAAGGAAGUCAACAAUUGUCGGACUCGAAACUGAUACUUUACGACAAUGUUCGGAUUAUCGGGGCCCGAGUGGAGAAUGGAAUAGUACACUCCCUGCUUCUGGACAUUGCCAAACUAAAUAAAACCAAAUGGGAUUGCACGAAAUAUUUCAUGACAGGAAAUCUUGUUUGUGUUUCAAACGACAAUUUUGACAGCGUGCUCUUUGCCACAGUGGGGCAUAACUCUCCCGAAAAUCUUUUAUCCGGGAUUCUCUAUGUGCAGUUUUACAACUCGUUCGAUGCCGUCUACGGGAUCGCUGCAGACGAAAAGCUCAAACUGAUUGAAUCGCCGUCUUUCUUCGUGGCGUACAGAUACGUGCUGGAAGGGCUACAGGACAUGUUUGAUUCACCUUUACCGAUGGAGCCUUAUCUCGUACAGUGUGAACCCGAAUCAAAACAAACUUCUUAUAUUACUGACACAACGUGCUAUGAUAUAAAUAGCAUCAAGGGCGAUGACUUGACACGCGUGAAGUGGUCGCCACAAAAACUCUUGCCAACGGAUUCCUGGCCACGCUUGACCAAAGUGUGUCUAAAUGAAGAACAAUACACGGCCGUAAAGGUGGCGCUGACGCAAGAACUGACCUUGCUGCAAGGACCGCCCGGAACCGGGAAGACGUACGUCAGUUGGAAGCUUAUGAGGAUCCUUCUUGAAAACAGAGGCCGCGGUGUUCCUGACGACAGACCCAUUCUCGUGGUGUGCUUCACCAACCACGCCCUCGACCAGUUCCUCGAGGGGUUGCUGCCGUUUUGUGCCAAGGGGCUCGUGAGAGUUGGUGGUCAAAGCACCAGCACUGCUUUAAAAUCGUAUAAUCUGGGAGAAAUUCGACUGAAAAGAAAAACGUCACAAUUCACUUCAAUGUAUAAAAAAUCUGUUGUUAAGAAAAUGAGAGCAGCUGAACGUGAAAUUAAACAAUUAUGCCAAGAAAUUAAAAUGUUCCAGGUCGACAUUCCUGAAUUGGAUGAUUUGAAAGAUUUCAUGUCCGCGUCCCACCUUGAAAGCCUUCUGGAUGGGCCAGAUACUGGGCCAAAACUGAAACUCUGGCUCGACAUGGAAGAGGUGGAUCUUGAAACGUCCAUUACGACUGCUGUUCAAAGCCAUCUCGUGUCGCUGAUGAAACAAUGCACCCUGACACGCAAGGAGCGUUGCUUAGAUUUCCGCAGGAAUAUCCCCAUGGCAACGAAGGCAGCUGUUUACAAGAACUGGGUUUCCGAAUACGAACGGAAGUCCGGGAGGCCAUUUAAUGAUACAUUUUUAGGAGAAGAGAUUCUAACGACCGUUAUAUCAGACAACGUACUGACUAAGAUACAGGACAGUGGUUACGAGAAUAUCAGUGAUUGGUUGCUGGGCAGGGAUGUGGAUGAAAUGCUGGACUCCAUAGACGAACUCAAAAAGGAUAUGUUCCAAAAACGUGAGGGAGUUGCAAACGACGAAAUUGGUGAAGAUUCUGACGUAAGCUAUGGGGAUUACGACUCUGACGACGGGGAAUUCCAAGAGUUCAAAGGGAAGUUCGACUCCAGGAAAGUGGACAUUUUAAACAGAGCCCUAAUGCUAGGUGUCGAUGUUACAAUGUGUGGUGUGGCGUCAUCAGAAAAUACCUGGAUGAAGCUGACUUUUGGACAGGCAUUAAGGAAGAUCAAAGUUUCUGUGCCGAUGAGUCAAGAGGAAGAGAAGACGGCUGGGAAUGUUUGGAUUCUGGAUAGAGACAGUAGAUACAGAUUAUACAAGUUGUGGUACAACAGUCUGAUGAUGGCAAUGUCAUCGCAUCUGAAAAGUCUAACAGACCAGUACAAUUUACUUCUUGAAGAACAUCGUGAGAUAAGAGAUGUUCAAGACAGCGCCAUCUUGAGAGAAGCCACGGUGGUUGGCAUGACAACGACGGGCGCUGCCAGGAGCCGGAAGCUGCUCCGAACGAUCGGUCCGCGAAUCAUUGUGGUGGAGGAGGCCGCUGAGGUGCUUGAGGCUCACAUCAUUACGGCAUUAAACGAACACUGCCAGCACCUGAUCCUCAUUGGAGACCACCAACAGCUGAGACCAAGAACUCAAGUCUACGAGCUGGCUAAAGAAUUCGGUCUCGAGGUUUCUAUGUUUGAAAGACUUGUCAACAACAAAUUUACUUGCAUUCAGCUCGUGGAGCAACAUCGCAUGCGACCAGAGAUUUCGGUCUUCAUGAGACUCAUUUAUCCCGAUCUGAAAGACAGCGAGUCCGUCAAAGGGAGACCGUCUGUGAGUGGCAUGGACAAGAAUGUGUUCUUCAUCAAACACAACCAACCGGAAAACAAUGUGAAAAACAGUGCCAGCAAACUUAACAACUUCGAGGCUAGAUACCUCAUCAAACUUUGCGAGUACCUUAUUAUACAGGGAUAUGGCGCAGACGAGAUAACCAUCCUGGGUGCGUACUCCGGUCAGGUGACUUUGAUACAAGAACUUAUCAGAAAUUCUAAAGAUCCGUGUCUUGAGAAAGUCCAUGUGUCAACCGUCGACAACUUCCAAGGGGAGCAGAAUAAAAUCAUUCUCCUUUCUUUGGUACGCAGUAAUGUCAAAGAGCGAGUCGGGUUUCUCAGCACAGACAACCGCGUGUGUGUGGCGUUAUCACGGGCUCAGUUCGGAAUGUAUGUGAUCGGAGAUAUCGAUCUGUUGGUGAGGCACAGUGACCUGUGGUGCAAGAUCAGCGAGACCGCCGAGAGGCAAGAAUGCAUCGGGAGUGUGCUGAGACUGCGAUGUCAGCAACACGGGCGCAUUGCAGAAAUUGUUGAGAUCAAGGAUUGGACCAAAGCCCUUCAACUCAAGGGUUGUGGUCAGCCUUGUGAAACCACCCUGACGUGUGGUCACGCAUGUUUGAAAUUGUGUCAUGUUGGUGGGCACGAUGAUGUCGUGUGCAAUCAAGCGUGUUUAAAGACAUGCCCGAGAGGACACAAGUGUAAAGGUAGAUGUGGUAGGGAAUGUCCCGCAUGUCCCGUCCCCUAUGCUCGCAAAUUACCAUGUGGGCACAGUGUACAGGUCAUUUGUGGCUAUCAAUAUGGGAAUAUCGUGUGCAGACAGCCAUGUUUAAGAAAAUGUCCAGCAGGCCAUGCAUGUCCCCUUUCAUGUAAAGACACAUGCUCACCUUGCAGCGUGCUUGUCCAGCGACUGCUUCCUUGUGGACAUGAAAUUAUAACAGCGUGUCGUAACAAAUCAAAUGUCUUUAUAUGCCUACAGCGUUGUGAGCAACUUUGCCCCAGAGGACACCAGUGCCAGUCAAAAUGCUCAGAGCUUUGUCCCCCAUGCUCUGAACUUGUACAUAAGCGUUUCCCAUGUGGACACAUUAUAACUGAAAAGUGUUCUAUAAAAACGAUGUGUAAACUACGUUGUAAAAAUAUAUGUGUCAAAGGUCACCCAUGUCCCAAGCGCUGUGGUGAGCCAUGCUCCCCCUGUGCGACUGUACUCCCUUGUGGACACAUCUGUACAGAUCUGCCAUCUGACUCCUUCUCAAGAGACACAAUGUGCUACCAACCUUGUAGAUGUGUUUGCGUCAACGGCCACGCCUGCCCCAAUAAGUGCCCAGAGGCGUGUCCUAAAAGCUGCCAAAAGAUUUUAAGGUGCGGACAUAAAUGUGCACAAGAUUUUGGGUCCCCAUCCAAGUCGUGUCCAUCGGUUAUCAUACGUGGAAGUCCAUCGGCUAAGAUACCUGGAAGUCCAUCGGUUAAGAUAAGUGGAAGUCCAUCGUUUAAGAUACGUGGAAGUCCCCCAUUUUCACGCAAACAAUGCUCCGAAUACACCGGCUGCGGAAUCACUGGUAAUUAUUUCCUCUGCGAUGAGCCUUGUCAAAAAGUCUGUGGGAGAGGUCAUGAGUGCCUCUCCAAUUGUAGUGAGGCAUGUCUGCCUUGUAGAGAAGUGUUGGAAUGCGGUCACUUUUGUGAAAGUGUUCCUAAAAGCGUGUUCAUAACACAUGGUCCCAUAAUCAUACUGUGUGAGAAGCCGUGCAAGAAGGUAUGUCGUCGGGGCCAUCUGUGUCCGAACAAGUGCUGCGAGGCCUGCCCACCGACAUGCCAAAAACUCAAGUGCAAAAUCGCAUACGCGUUUUCCAGCAAGAAGGGUUUCAGGAAUGCUUCAGAGUGGCCGGCAAUUAAAACGUGAGGCAGACAGAGCUCGUGGGCAUCUUGUGGUCAUCCACCAUGUGCUUAACCCUUGUACACAAUGUGUUUACGCGUGAGCACCUUGUGUUUAAAUAUUGGGCACCAAGUGUUUAAGCCGUGGGCACCAUGUGUAACCCGUGGGCACUAGGCUUUGGACUAGAUCACCAUGAGUUUAAGCAGUGGGCGCAAAUCGUUUAACAAGCUGUACAUCUGACUAACCAAAGACCAGAGUCGUUGACCCAAAGAUUUCUUCAUGCAUCCAAGAUACUAAAUUGUAAAAAAAUUAGUUGUACUUUGAUCAAUACUUCAUGGCGUUGUCCAUAUUAUUAUAGAUUAUAUUCCAUUGUACAAAUAUACUCAAAAUGUACACACUUUUCAAUUAUUUAACUUUGAUCGUUGAAAGUUAUACUAGAAGGGAUCGAACUAAAUCAAUUCACUAAUCAUGUAUAAAGCAAUUUUCAGUUGCAUUUCAAAAUGAUUAUUCCUAUUAUAUUCAAUCGCUCUUGAAAGUUUAGCUCAUGAGUUGGAGCUUUGGCUCAGAAUGAAAUGUUUCCCCACAAAAACUACCCGUAAUAAAGAUAGCAAUACUCCAUGUGAAAUCAAGUUUUCAUCAAUUAAAUGAGUUUUACUUUUGAUGUAAAAAAAAAGAAAAAAAAGAAAACAGAAACAAGAUUUCCUCAAAACAGCCCUGUCAAUAAAA